GAGGUUCUGCUUGUUUUCUGUACAUUUAGACAGGACAAGAUAAAGAAGCACAACAGACACAUCAACUCUGAAAAAGGGCAAUAUCUGUAACAAUGGCUGUGUACUGGAAGAUAUGCGCAGUACUCACAAUGGCUUUAUUUGCAAAUGUUUUUGCACAGCGCAAUUUACCGGGAGGCUGGCAAGAUGCUGAUGAGAAUAGUAAAGGCGUUCAGGACGCUCUGCAAAUUGCCAAAGAUGAAUUCAAUAAGGCCAAUACAGAUGAGCAAAUUACCACGAUCAGCAAAGUUUAUAAAAUCAAGAAGCAGGUGGUGGCUGGCAUGAAAUAUUUACUAGACGUUCAAGCCGUUCUCAGCUCUUGCAAAGAAUCCAGUUAUACUCCAGAAUGCCCAAAUAUGAAAACUCAAUCAAAGAGAUGCACAUUUACUGUUUUGAUUGUUCCGUGGCAGAAAACAAAGGAUCUGUUAAGCAGUCGAUGCAGAUGAUCUGAAACACAGAAGAAGACAGAACCUUGUUAAUGAUUGCUAAAAGGAAGAUCUUAUGUAAUGAUGCUUGUAGAAGCAGCCCUUAUACACAGCUAUCCUGUCUAUUAAAAAUUGAACAACUCUGCUUGUU